AUGCUCGCCCUCUUGCUCUCUGCAACGCUCGCACUCGCCCAGUCGAUAAUCCCUACGUGCCAAAAGACAUGUCAGGACAAGUCACUCACCAUUGCGGGGUGCACCGCUCCAACCGAUGCCUGUGCUUGCAACUCUCCCUACGAGUCUGCCAUGACCAAUUGUCUCGUACAACCAACUUCAGAGGGUGGCUGCACCUAUGAUCAGAUCCUGUCCUGGCAAACCGCCUACUACACGCAGUGUCAAGUCUCUGCGCCUCUGGUACCCCCAUGCUUGACAAUUUGCGACUUGCAGUCCAUCGAGCUGGCAAACUGUUCCUCCGAGUCCGACACAGCAUGCAUAUGCGCCAGCACCUAUACCAACGCCGCAACAUCCUGCAUCUCAAAGGGUUGCCCCGACAGACUCGAUAAAUGGACUCAAGAUCACGCGACUCUAUGUGGUUCGUCUACUGGAACCUCAUCCGGCUCUACAAACACAGGAUCCAGCACCUCUUCAAGAUCAGCUACAGCAACAUCCGUCUCAUCAAAUGGUACACAAACGGGCACCGGCACCGCAUCGAGUGUGUCCUCGACCGGUACAGGUAGCACCGGGGCCGCGGCAUCUAGUCCUAAAUUUGCCAUCUACGACGGCCAAAACGUCAAAUGGGUCAUUGCUGGCACUUGGAUGCUCGUUCUCGCUGCCGUCGGGUUCUGA